AGUGGGAUUAUAAUACUGGUCGUAGGCGCGUGUUUCCAGAGCAGUUGGGCGCGUUGUGAAACAGGAAUGCCAGUUCGAGCAAGAAAAUAGUAUACAUAUGUAACGGAAUGCCAACAUAAAAGCGUGCAGAGCAGUGUAGCUUUGAAUAAUUAGAGAAUACUGAGUAUUAGGUCCUGAGCUCCAUCUGGUGGGUUUCCCGCGCAACGGUACCUUUGUGCAGUUUGGCCUGUUUGAUCAGUUAAACUGCCGAUAUACCGAUAAAUACUGCAGAAGUACUACUAACAUAUCAAUUGUGAUUGUGAAUUUCUUGGCAUUUCUUGACGGUCUCGCUGGUAAUUAUUUUUCCCCAACAAAUAUUCACAGUGGAUUUUUCCAGGAUAGAUUCCGUUUCUGUCUCUGUCCGUGGAUUCUUCCUAGAUCCACCAUCAUAAAUGGAUACUCCCGGGAUCGGAACGGCCGACCGCUCGGAGACCGAUGUGGUCCGCCCCGAUCGUGGCUCCAUCCCCUCCGGUGGAUUUCCGGCGGCCAACACCAUGAACUUGCUGUCGCAGGUGACGACGGUCGCCCAUCAGGAGGUCAGCGUCCCGCCCAGCUCCCUGUACAUCCCGGCGGCCGAAGCCGACAUGCAGGACGUUUACGCCGUGACCGACGCCCCGUCUAGACACUUCAGCAGCAGCAGCGCCACCUCCGCCGGUCCCGACUACGGGGCGGCCACGCCGUCCUAUUGGGUCCGGUCUCUGACGACAGUGCAGAGCGCCGACACCCGCCACGCCCUCCCGCAGCGGACCGGGGCCGUGAUACCGUUGGACCAGCAGCCUUAUUGGUAUCCGGCCGAUCGUUACGCCGGUUCGGCAUACUACCCGACGAUCCCGCACAGCGCCGGGGCGCCCACCACCAUUCGAAACCAGCCAGUCGGAUACGUCGAGUGUGGCGUGGCAGAGGUGGAAGCGGGCACGAAGGGCCGGAAGUGCGCCAACUGCGGCUCGCCAAUACAGGAAAACCCGCACAGCGAUCUGCUGUCGGGUCGUGAUCGGAUCGGGCCCUCUCUCUGCAACGCCUGCCUCCAUCGCAAGAUCACCACCGUCAACCGGCCGCUGGGCCGGCGUAAUAAACGGCUGCAACAUACCUCUCGCGGUGCGCACUUGAUUUGCUCCAACUGCGCCACGGACACCACAACGCUCUGGCGACGAGAUGAAUAUGGCCAGCCACUGUGCAACGCCUGCGGUCUCUACUUGAAACUCCACCGCGCGGCGCGUCCGAGUCAGAUGCGCAAGAACCGCAUCCUGAUCCGCAAAGGCAGCGAGGAUACCUCCGGAUCCGCCGGCACUGACAGCCACCGCGCCGAGAAACUCGCCGUGGAUAUGACUGCUCGCUUGACGCUGACCGAUACGCAGUGGAGUAGACGCUACCCAUAAAACGCAAUCGCCGCCCUCGGCUCGCCAGUGCCGGUUUAUUUAGUUAGUGGCUAAUUCAGUUAUUACCAUAAUUAUUACCACGUAAUUAUUUUAAUCGUGCCGGUCUGGUGUUGACUGCUGCCCAGAUAUGCUCUACAUACUCUUACAUUGUACAAUAACUAUGCUCGCAUACUGGCUGUACCGUGAUUUAAUUACUGCUGUCGGUUUUUUUACAAGACGACAGCGCUGCUAUCUUUUUGUGUUAAAUUAUGUAUGUACUUACCUGCCGUGAACUGAAUGUUCUGACUGGUAUGAAACUGAAUACUCGGUUUCCGCUCGCUGCUUGCACAUAGUACCUUCGUUUGUACGAUUUCUGGCAUCCACGCAGCUUCGUGUUAUUUUCCUCAUAAAUGUAAACAAUAAACUUAACAGUGCUAAAGAAUACCGAAGCAAUCAACGCCUGUGGUCGGACAUGUUGACUAUCAGGAAGCUGGAAGCCUUAAAGGAGGAUGCCGACGUUAUCGCCUCUGCUCGCUUGUUGGCCGCCUCUACUAAGAAUGCCAGUGCCUGGUUGUUUGCUUUGCCGGUUGCUAGCCUUGGCACACUGUUGGACGACGCUGCGGCACGAAUCGCUUGCUUUACGGUUGGGAGUUCAGAUCUGUAAGCAACACAAAUGCCGAUGCGGGGAAAUGGCUG